CAUGGCGUUGACCACGUUCGAAGAUUUCGGAUUGAGUUUUAUGUAAUGAAUUUUGCAGUCAAAUACGCAAUCUGUGACUCAGAACAGGAUGUUAUUCUAAUUGGAUGACUUUACUGAAGACAUCUGAAUGUAUUUUUGAUAUUUGUUGCCACACAGAGGCAUGGUUUUUAGUAGCUGUUGACAGUACAGAGUCAUCGUAAAUGGCCUCUCAGGCGAGCGUAGUUCACGGACCCACCAAGCCGGCGGCUACGGUAGAGGGAAGUGGUAGCGAGGACGGCAUGUCCCCAAACGUAUCACCGUCAAAGAAACACAAACUGCCAGGCAGACAUGUCAAUUUUCCGGAGGGUGAUACCAUUGUUUCAGUUAAAGUGGAUCCUCCUAACCCUUGGAGGCAUGCAAAAGGGACAAGCACAGAGGAGCUUCAGGCUGUUUAUCAGGCGGCUUGCUACACCAUGAAGGUCAAACCGAAUGCUAAAGUUGUCCAACAGUUACAGAAUAUCAAAGACUUCACAAAAAGAAUGGAAUGUUUCAGUCUCAAAGGGGAGAAAGUGGACAUCCGCGUGGUGGAGACAUUAGAGGAAGUCUUCAAGCGUGUCCAGUUCAACACGGUGGAUAUGGAGGCAGCCAGCUUGGAUGAUGAGGCAGCAGUUGCUCUGUUUGACAUGCUGGAAUUCUACGAGUCUGCUAUCAGGCUGGUAUUAGCAUCCAAUCGAUCCAUCGGUGCUAGAGGCUGGCAGGCCGCAUCUCGGCUCCUUAAAAGGGUCUCCUCCUUAGAAUGUCUGGACAUUCGGAACACUAAUUGGACGGAGUAUAGCAUGCCCAUGCUAGCCAGGGCCCUGCGGGCGGACAUCACGCUAUCAGCGCUCCACAUGGAAGGCUGCAAUAUCUCAGGCCGACCACUCUUCUUGCUGUUGAUGUCACUAAAACAGAACAACUCAGUCCGAGACCUAUAUCUGGCUGAGAACAGACUGAUCCCCUCUGAUGCCAUACACCUAGGCAGCAUGCUGAAGCACAACAGAGGUCUCAAGUUACUAGACCUCCGAAACAAUCACAUCCAGGAUGCUGGGCUAUCCCAUUUAUGUGAUGGGUUAUUGGAUCAGAUGGAGGGGCAGCUAACUACAUUGGUACUAUGGAACAACCAACUCACCCAGAAUGGAAUGACCCAUCUGGCAAAAGCACUACCCAUGCUGAUGAGCCUUGAGACAUUAAACCUUGGGCAAAACAACCUCGGCAAUGAUGGUGUGCACAUACUCAAGGAUGCCCUGAUGAAGAACCGAUCGCUGCUGCGGCUUGGCCUGUACGCUUGUAGGUUUGGUGACCAAGGUACGGUAGCUCUCGCUGAGUAUGUAGCCGAUAAUUGGCAGCUGAUCAGGCUGGACCUGCGGGAAAACGAUGUCCGAACUGGUGGCUUGAUGGCACUGUCCUAUGCCAUGAAGGUCAACAAAGUGUUGUUGCGACUCGACCUUGAUAAAGAUGUUAAACGGGAACAGAUGCGAGGGUAUGAGGAUCUUCAGAAAAGUCUGCAGAGCGAGAUCAGUGUUCACAUUCAACGAAAUCGAGAAAUCAGUCGCUCUGAACAGCAGAAAACAGAGCAGGGGGGUUCAGAUCAGCAAGAGGAGACUGGUAACAUGCAACAAGGAAACCGGACAAUAAGCAGUAACCAUGGCAACGAACAAGAACAGCUUGAAUCCACGGAGAUUGGGCCUCAGAGCCCCACCACUCGCGUGAACCCCAGAACUCUAAACGUCAGGUAUGUAGCCGACCCCUCCUCCCUGCCUGUCGAGACUGAGGCCAGUACUGCAAACAACGACCCACUGAAUCUGGUCAGCUUUGAUGGGGGCUCAACGGUGGGCAGCACUGCCCAAACGUCUUCCACUAGUGACAACAGUGCGGGGCAGCAGCCUAUGCAAGCCUCCCAAGGAGGUGGCCUGAGAAGAGACUACAAGGAUGAGUUGGACUCCCCAACGGGCGUCCCGUUAGCUAAUAAUAUCCAGCUGUUGGCGCACCCAAUGCAGGCAGCGAUGGCCGCAGCAUCACCCACGAUCCUAUCCCAAAGCACCUUGGUCAUGGGAUACGGACACUUUGACAGUUUCAUCCCGGUUGGGAAUUGCGCGAGUGAUACAGUGCCCUCAAUCCCUCAAACGGACUUGAUGAACGAGAACCCCACUCCGUCCCAACAUUCUCCCAAUGCAACAGACGCAACUCCGUCAAAAGCAACUCAACCAGAGGAAAAGAAAUCAGAUCUCAAAACUCAAGGAGAUCCCAUGGGGGAUAGGGGUCACACCAGAGACCCCCUCACGCUCAUUGUGGAAGGAAAUUGUGAAGGAGAAUCAGUCAGCCUUGUUAAUGGCACUGUGGAGGCGGGGAACAAGACUAAUGCUGAGACAGAAGGACUAGAAGGAGCAAACUGUCAAACAGGAGCACUGUCAUCAUCGCCAGAUGACUUUGAGAAAGAGCUCGAUCAAAUCAUGGCAAAGGUCAGAAGUACCGCUACCGUGCAGACAGACGUCAAGAUCUCAUAAAAGGAAAAGGGCAAGGUAACGGGACUUCAAAAUUAAGCUUUUCACAAACCUGCUCUCUUAGUUUUCUGGAUGUCGCUUUUGUUGACGGGACUGAACGCACGCACAAGGGCUACGACCACUGCAAACUGUGGGGUUAUACUAGAAGUUUGAAGGUUUCUCUGCGGUCAAGCCAACUUGGUCAACUCGUCAACUUGUCCUGCUCGUCCUGCAAUCUGUUCUACCUUAUCUACAACAGAUUUGAACUGUGGCUGCAGUGCAGCGUGGGAUAAGAUAGACUCCUAGUAUGCCAAUUUCUGUGGAACUGCCACCCCCCCUCAAAAAAUUUGGGGCAGAUUUUAAUUGCUCGAGUAGAAAUAAGUUGGAAACUGGUUACCAGCAAUAGAAAUCUAUUCACGUUCUUUGGUACCCUGUAUUGCUUAGCAAAAGUCCUUUUGUGCUUAGCAAAAGUCCUUUUGUGCUCAGCUCCUUUGUGUGCUUAGAAGUGUCCAUGGAAGAUAGCUAAGGCAGUGCUGUUUGAAGACAGCUAAGGCAGUGCUGUUUGAAAUAGUCGGGUAUGGUGGGGAAUGACAUACAAGUUUAUGGGAAAUGGCUUUAGCGGCUAGCCCAGCAACUUACUUCAGUGGCUAGCUCAGUGACUUGCUUUAGCGGCCAGCCCAGUGAAUUCCGUAGCCUCAUGUGUUAUUAUCAGUCGCAGCCAAAUUAAUUCGGACGUCUAACAUACACAGCAGUUACACUUAGGCUAUGUCUAUUGACACUGCAUCUCUGCAUACUUUCAGUGAAGCAAAGACCUAGACGUGGUCCUAGACAACAGAUUGGGAUGCAGCCGGUAGGCGUGUAGUCAGUUGCCCGUCCAAGGCACGGGAUAAAAGAUGCAGCCUAAGUAAAAUCCAGUCGUAUCAGAUAAUGCUUGAAACUAGACUUUCAGCUUACCAAAACAUGGCUAAUCCAUAGACAUCAAAGCCUACAUGUUGGGGGGGGGGCUGGCCCCCACUUUUUGCAGGUCCAAUAAUUGGAUGGGUCAUAAUGGAUUGACCUAUUAAUGGCUGAUGUCUGAUAACAGGCCCCCCACUUUGGAAAUCGUUCCGCCGCCGGUGCUACAUGUACACUUGUUGUUUGUGCACAGGAUGAUAAAAAGCACUUGCACAAAGACUCCCGUUAUGGGCAUCUGUUGAGCAUCCAGUUUGUCAUGUCCUCGCAGUGGCUUUCAAACUUUUAAGAUAAAGAUUUAGCAUAUACAAAACAGGUUUCACUUUUAAUAUGCUAGACGCCGUCACUUAAAUUUUACCAAUAAAAGCAACAUGCAUGUAGGUGAGUAACCCAUUUCUGAAAUGAGUGCCAUGGCUGGAGCUAUACCACUCUGUGCAGACGCACUGAGUUGCCGAGUUGUAACUGAGCAAAUCUCUGAGUCCCUAAAGAAUGAACUUGAACAAAAAGUGUGACGGUAGCAAUGCUGUGGGGAUGGACAGGAUGCUCAGUUUACCAUAGACAUGUGAGAAACGCACAAAUGUUUCCCAAUAUUUUGAGGGGUUGAAACUGCCAGGCAAUCAAGGUGUUGAAAUAUUUGAACUCCAAAAAAAUAUCUUUGCUUGUAAGCAAUGUAGGAAAAUUCAUGUAUUUCAUUGUUUUUCUCAUUAACUGUUACUCUUUCACCUAGUUUAUUCCUCAUUAGUCAUGUUUUGAAGCCAUCCAGAUUGUGAAAAGAUAAUACAAUGAAGCAGCCAUAAAUGGACUUUCAAACUUGAAACCAGGAAUUUAGCAAUCAAGCAUUGUGAAAUCUUUGGAUCAAUUCAUUUGGAUACAAGUCUCACCUGAGCACAUUUUUCUGUUAAGUUACUUUUUUGUAAGCAUUUGAGACCAUCAGAGGAAGUAAAAUGGGUUUCUGAUGCAGUUAGCUCAGGAAGUGUUUUGCAGAAGGUACCAUUUUGAUUAACCAUUGCUGGCAUUGUUACAGGUACUGCCAAGUGAUGAUGCUCUCCGACUGAAACAAAGCAACAUGUUGAGUUAUUUAUAGCAUUCGAGAUGGGAACACCAGAUUGUGGAAAUGAAACACAAUAUCUGACAUGUCUGAAAAGACUGAAUCACAAAGCGAUUCACUUCCGAGAGUUCCCCUGGUUAUCACUGGACAGAGCUCUUGGUCAGUCAGAAAGAUGGAUUGUAGGCAUUGAUUUUCAUUCCUUCGCUGUUUCCUGGAAGCUUCAGGAAUUCUGGAGAAUCCUCCAUGUAUUCAUUCUUAUGAAAAUAAAGAUUUAUUGAAUUAAGCUAAGAGCUUUGACCUUCAAUUGGCCCCGGUUCUCUCUGAGUGUUGAGAACUGACAAAUUUCAUUUAGUUUCUACCAUAGUGCAGAGGUUAUUGUGUUUGAUUGAAGUCACUCUGAUGCACACACAAAUGAGCAAAUAAAGCAGCUGUCUACAUAAAAUUGCUGCUAAUACAUUGAAUUACAAUCUUGGAAGCAGGUUGCCAGCCAUGGCAGUCUUGAUGGCGCUAGGUUGUACAAUGUUCGAAUUGGUAAACGGGAGGUCAAAGUUCAAGUGCACUUGGAAAUACACGUGGCAUAAACUUGCAUACGACACUGAACGCAUGCAUUUUGGGCACUAGUGUUCGAUCUGCACGGUUGAUCAGUCGCUGCACUAUGGGUUAAUCUUGCAGCACAAUCCAUCAGUCUUUCUGUCAGUGAUACUUUCUUUCCCAUUCUGCGGAAGAUUGUUUGAAAAAGGAAAAUUAACGGCUCAGGUUUCCUACAGGAUUGAUCAAUCAAGCAGAUCGACUGAUCGUGCCCAAUGCACGUUGUGCUUAUGAAGAAAAUCAACUGUGAGAAUCACAUUUGAAUCAUUAUUCUGUUACGGCUGCCAAGAUUCAUGGGGCAGAUUAUGUUUCCAAGAUUUUACUGUGUCAGGGUUGAAGACCUGAGUCGUCAUGUUUGUGAUACAGUUUGACUGUCAAUAUACAGAAUAAACUAUUAUGACAAAUAAUAUUGGUAUAAAGAGCAACUUCCGAGGUCCACCCUUGUGAAUACGUUCGUUUUUCCUCUUAUUGUGAGUCCUUUAAGACAUGUUUUGGUUAUCACUGGUCCCAGGACCCUUGUUAUAACGAGAGUUGACUGCAGGUGGGUUAUCAGCAUUUGAGGAAUCAGAAGAUGCUGAGUAGCCAUUAUUCAGUGCUGUGUGUUCACAAGUAUUGCUUCUCUUCCAAAAUAAGAAUAUUUGCCACUGUAAAGAAAUGGAAUUAACAAAUAAAUAAUUGUACACGGAAGAAAAAUUAAUUUUGGAGCAAUGCUGGAAUUAUUUCAUUACAAGAUGUAUUCUUUUAUGCUGUACCUGUACAAAUGUGAAAACAAAAAUAUCAAAAAGAUGAAAUAUUUUGUGACGGUUUAUUAAUCUUUGAUGUCGGAUAUUUAUGUUGGGUAUGCUAUUUGUAUUAAGAUGGGGAAGCUACCUGUAGCCAUUGGGAGUUGAAUUUUUUGUGACACGCAAUACAGUAUAAUUUCAAUACUUAGUAGUUGAUAGACUUGAGUUUCCAAUCUUUCUCAAUUUUGUAUGACAUUGAACAGACAGUUGUAUGUAUGUAAUUUUUUUCGUAAGUUCGUUCACCUACAUUUUGGUAAUGUUGAAAGAAUUUAAACCCCUUUAUCAGAAAGUUUCUCAGUUUAAUCAUGACUCCUUGUUUUAAAGGACAAAUGAAAAGUAGAUGACUUAGAAAUUAAAGCACAGCUUGACAAAGUGAGUCCUGAAGUGCACAUUCAAAAAAACUUCACAUCCCAGAUCAGCCACUUUGUGUUCUUUGUUAAUCUUCUGCCUUUGUGACAUGAAAAGUUGUGAUUAUUUAUUUGGCCCAUGGCAUUAUGUUACAGAUCUAAUAUUCACUUUUAUUACUUGAAUUUGGCUAGCAAUAAAUUUCUGCUGUCUUAAAAAAAAAGAUUAAACAUGCUAUGUACUUGCAGUAUCUAACUUGAAAGCUUAUGCUGGAAACCUACCACAUUUGUCAGCCAGUUUCGUUUUGACGUUUAUUUGUGGGCACAGAAAUGAACAGUUUGUUAGAUUUAAACUAAUUUAAACUUUUCAAUGGCAUGCGAUAUAGAUUUAGAAGAAACUUGGUAGUUGCUUUUUAAAGCAACAAAUGAUCAUAUUCACUGUAUGAAUUUUGAAAAUUUAAUUUUAUGGUUAUUUCUGCCCAGUUCUUGAGUGUAUGUGCACUGUUGCGUGAGUACCUCAGUGUCACAAUAUUAACUUUGAAAUUUUUCAGCGAUUUAAAUGUAUCAAGGUAGGUGCGUAUAAUUUGGGUGACACUUUCCAAAUUCCUUCAUGCUGUCGAGUCAAUGUCCAGAUCAAUUGAUAUGCAAAUGACCUCACUGCAGAACGUCUUUCAUUAAUGAAAAAAAGUAGUUUGUUACUGGUACAUAUCAGUUGGUUGAUUGACAGAAAUCACAGAAAAUCUGCCCUUUCCAGUGCACUGGGAGAAUAAAAGUAACAUGUUUAGUUUAAUGUGUCACUUUUUUUAGGUCUAAAAAGUAUACAAGUAGUGUAAAGUGCACGAAGAAAUCUGCAUCCUAGAAAUACAUAUCAUUUCUCGGCAACAAUGCACGAUACCCACUGUUGAGGUUUCAUUUAUCUUUUUCCAGAAAUUUUGUUUGAAAUUCUAUAAAAGAUGUCUAAAUAACUAUUUCAAAACUUGAUAACCGUUCAAGAAUUGCAUCCCCUCCCCUCGGUCCUAAAAACAAACCUUUUCUGAAUCCAAAAAAUUUGCUGUGGAAGUUUUGCUGUCGGUAUUGAAUUAAGCUUCUAAUUUUUUUCUCUUCUAGUUAUAUUUAAUUAAUAGUAUAUAGCUUUGAGGUUUAAUUCAAUCUGUAGCCUUGAAGUCCGACUUUUUUUCAUUUUCUUAGCUCGAGAUGAAAUUAUUUUAAGCUGUAGACUUGUGUUGUAAACAUUGGUAGGCACAGAGAUGGUGCUUGUCUUGUUUCCCUUGGUGACUAAAAGGGACCAUCCAUGGUUGUCAGGAGGGAGGUAACCUCCCCCCCCAAAAAAAAAUUAAAAGGAAGAAAAUGGCCAAAGGAGAUUGGGUUAAGGGAUGAAAAUCACCAGUUGGCUAAGAGUGCCAAUUCUGAGGUAUAUUCAGGUACCUCAUAACGGAUCGUUUCACUGUUAAGGAUUUGUUGUUUGCUUCUGCCGAGUGGCUUACUGUACCCUUCCCUCC